AUUUUACCUUUUUCCAACACAAAUAUGUCUAUAAUUUUAACACUAAAAUAAUGCCUUUCACACUUACACCUGAGGAAAUUGAUCGAAUCGAAGUGGCCGAGUUUCUCGGAAUACGCCUGGAUCCAGUCGGUUACAUCGAUCUAUCUACAAUCAUUGUCAUAUCCACAAAAUACUUUUUAGAGUUUUUCGUUUUCUGUUUUAUGCUUUACAACCGAAACUACCCGCCGCUUAAGGUCAAAAACGUGCCCAUCAUGUUUUCAUUAUAUUUUGGUGGCUUUACUUGGUUUCUCGGCGACAUAUUCACAGGAGGGCUCGUGCACCUUUACGGGAAUCCAGUCUUAACCAGCUGCAGGUUUACAGUAAUUUGGUGCCGCGCGUGUCUGGGUGCAUUCUAUAUAACGUCGCUGUUUGGACUGCGCACAUACGCACUUUACCACGUGUUUGUCAAGGGCAAGGCGUUCAAAGGACCCGUUUUUAUAAUUGGUUUUUCUGUCACUGUGUCCUCGAUCUUGUUGUUUGCCAUUAUUUCCACCGUGCUCCCCGAGGAUAUGACUGCAAUUUACGAGCCGCUCCUUGACGUGUGUUUUCCCAACAAAAAUUUUAUAAUCGCCACUCUUGUUAUCAUUUGGAUGAUCUGGACUUUUGUUGCUGCGAUGACGUGGGGAAUCCGACACGUUACGUUUUCCUUUAGCGAGCACGUCGAAAUCCUCUCCUCGUUUAGCAUACUCUUUAUAAUCAGCGCAAUGAACACAGUGUGCCUUUUUGUAAUCAAUAUUUACACUGCUUCGCUUGUGUGGCGCAAUCUGUUAGUGUAUACAAACCAUGUUGGUGCUUCGGUAGCAUUUUGGGUGGUCAUGGGGGUGCCCACCUACAACUGCAUGUUUAACCGCGAAGAGUACUUGCAAUACUGGAUUGCUAUUAUAAAGGAAGACGCCAUGGAGGAUGUGUACAAUUAUUCGCCGACCGUCAAUGUUGAUACCAUGACGUUUAAUGACAAUGUGGAUAUACUCGCGAAGAAUCCCGCCUCGCUGAUGAGUUCGCAAAAUUCAUUUAUUACUUCUACAAUGCAUACGCUCCCCAGUACUCCGCGCAGCACUUAUACAAAUACCAACAUGUAUUUGGUCAGCGCUUUACCUCAUAACUGUGUUUGAAUAAUUUAAUAAUAAAAUUGAA